AUCUGAGAGCAGCCGGGGAUCGGGUUUCAGCACCGCGGUCAGCUCCGAGCCCAGCCCCUUCCUCCUCCAGGCAGCAGAGCAUCAACACAUCAACGUUUCCUCCUGUUUUAUCUCCCUGCGACCCCUCCCCCUUUGUAUCUGCUCUCAUGAUAAAUCCUUCCUAUGUGCUAUUGACUGGCAGACUUGAAAGGCUUGGAAAUCACGCAACCAACUAGACUCUACAACACUUUCAUUUUUCUAGCUGAGAUUGACUUGUCUGACGGCAGUUUUUUUUUUCUUGAAAAGCAACAGUCUGAGGCGCUCAUCUAUCAGGUUUUGCGUCUCCACAGCGGCUUCCCCUGGAUCUCUCCCUCUGUGGCCGAGACUGAAGGUGAUCGACAUCUUUUUUCUACUUUUGCAGUUUUACCUUUGCUGCAGGUAGACAAUACUCUCCAUCCAAGCCUCGGCAGCAUGUUAGACCCGUCUUCCAGCGAGGAGGAAGGGGAUGAGAUACUGGAGGUGGAGCGUAAAGAGGUGGCGGCCCCGAAGAGCCUCGGAGGAGCCCGGCUGUCACCCGGCCGAGCCGCCGACGGCCACGGCGGCGGAGGGCUCCAGCCCCGGGGCCGCGGGAGCGGCAGUGGCCGGCCCUCCAGCCCCAGCCCGUCGGUGGGCAGCGACAAGGAGAAAGAGGACCUGGAGAAGAUGCAGAGAGAGGAGGAGGAGAAGAAAAAGAGACUCCAGCUGUAUGUGUUUGUGAUGCGCUGUAUUGCCUAUCCGUUCAACGCAAAGCAACCAACUGAUAUGGCCAGGAGGCAGCAGAAGAUCAGUAAGCAGCAGCUGCAGACAGUCAAAGAGCGUUUCCAGGCGUUCCUCAACGGAGAAACCCAGAUCGUGGCUGAUGAGGCUUUCAUCAACGCUGUCCAGAGCUACUAUGAUGUCUUCCUGAAAAGUGACCGUGUGUCUCGGAUGGUGCAGAGUGGUGGCUGCUCGGCCAGCGAUUCUCGGGAGGUUUUUAAGAAGCACAUAGAGAAGCGGGUGCGCAGCCUGCCUGAGAUUGAUGGCCUGAGCAAAGAGACCGUGCUGAGCUCCUGGAUAGCCAAGUUUGACACCAUCUACCGAGGUGAAGAGGAUCCCAGGAAGCACCAGCAGAGAAUGACGGCCAGUGCCGCCUCUGAGCUCAUCCUCAGCAAGGACCAGCUGUACGAGAUGUUCCAGCAGAUCCUGGGCGUCAAGAAGUUUGAGCACCAGCUCCUCUAUAACGCCUGCCAGCUGGACAACCCUGAUGAGCAGGCAGCCCAGAUCAGAAGAGAGCUGGAUGGACGACUGCAAAUGGCAGACCAGAUUGCUCGGUAUGGUGGAAGGUUUCCCAGGUUUGCAUCCAGAGAGAUGGAGGCCAUGUACAUUGAGGAACUGCGAUCUUCUGUUAACCUGCUGAUGGCCAACCUGGAGAGCAUGCCGGUGUCCAAGGGAGGAGAGUUCAAGCUGCAGAAGCUGAAACGAGGCCACAACACCUCCAUCAUGGACAUGGGCCAGGAGGACGAGAACACGCUGUCCAAAUCUGACGUGGUGCUGUCCUUCACCCUGGAGGUGGUGAUUAUGGAGGUCCAGGGUUUAAAGUCGUUGGCUCCAAACAGGAUUGUUUACUGCACCAUGGAGGUGGAGGGAGGACAUAAACUGCAGACGGACCAGGCUGAGGCCUCGAAACCCACUUGGGGUACCCAGGGUGACUUUACCACCACCCAGCCGUUACCUGCUGUGAAGGUGAAGCUGUUUACUGAGAGCACAGGAGUGUUGGCUCUGGAAGAUAAGGAGCUGGGGAAGGUUGUGCUCCACCCGACUCCCAACAGUCCCAAGCAGUCUGAGCUUCACAAGAUGACAGUGUCUAAAGGCUGCCCAGACAAUGACCUCAAGAUCAAACUGGCCAUUCGCAUGGACAAACCACAGAACAUGAAGCACUGUGGGUACCUUUGGGCCAUUGGCAAAAACGUGUGGAAAAGAUGGAAGAAGAGAUUCUUCGUGCUGGUUCAGGUGAGUCAGUACACUUUUGCCAUGUGCAGCUACAGAGAGAAGAAGGCAGAGCCUGUGGAGCUCCUGCAACUGGAUGGCUACACUGUGGACUACACUGACCCUCAACCAGGUCUAGACGGCGGUCGGACAUUCUUCAAUGCUGUGAAAGAGGGUGACACUGUGAUCUUUGCCAGUGAUGAUGAACAGGACCGGAUCCUAUGGGUCCAAGCCAUGUACAGAGCUACUGGCCAAUCACACAAGCCAGUUCCUCCCACCCAGGUCCAGAAACUCAACUCGAGGGGGGGCACAGCGCCACAGCUUGAUGCACCCAUAUCUCAGUUCUCUGGAUUAAAGGAUGCUGAUCGAGCCCAGAAGCACGGCAUGGAUGAGUUUAUUUCAGCCAACCCCUGUAACUUUGACCACGGCUCGCUGUUUGAGCUGGUACAGCGCCUCACUCUGGACCAUAGACUCAACGACUCCUACUCCUGCCUGGGCUGGUUCAGUCCUGGUCAGGUGUUUGUCUUAGACGAGUACUGCGCUCGCUACGGUGUUCGAGGCUGCCAUCGGCAUUUAUGUUACCUGAGCGAUCUACUGGAGAGGGCCGAGAAUGGAGCCAUGAUCGACCCCACCCUGUUGCACUACAGCUUCGCUUUCUGUGCCUCCCAUGUCCAUGGAAACAGUCAGCGUGUGUCUGAGUUGUUAAACUGGCCGGUAUCUGAGGCCGAACUCGAACGAGCGCUGUUUCCCUCUACCCCUGAGCUCCCUGCCCAAACUGCUAAGAAAGAACUCAAAAUCAUUGAGUUCAUGAAGAAAAAGGACCCCAGGUCCUCAAUUUUCUCAGGAAUUAGAAGGCCUGAUGGUAUUGGCACAGUCACUGUGGAAGAGAAGGAGCGCUUUGAGGAGAUCAAGGAAAGGCUACGGGUGCUUCUGGAAAACCAGAUAACACACUUCAGGUACUGCUUUCCAUUUGGACGGCCAGAGGGAGCGCUGAAAGCAACUCUGUCCUUGCUGGAAAGGGUUCUGAUGAAAGAUAUUGUUACUCCGGUUCCACAAGAGGAAGUCAAGGCUGUUAUCCGUAAGUGUCUGGAGCAGGCAGCUCUGGUCAACUAUCAACGCCUGUCAGAGUACGCCAAACUAGAAGGGAAAAAGAGAGAGAUGUAUGAGCAUCCUGUCUUCUGCUUGGCGUCUCAAGUCAUGGAUUUAACCAUUCAGAAUGUAGGGCGGUUAGUCACCCCUGCCAAAAAACUGGAGGACACAAUUCGCCUGGCCGAGCUGGUGAUAGAGGUGCUUCAGCAGAAUGAGGAACACCAUGCUGAGGGAAAAGAGGCCUUUGCGUGGUGGUCAGACCUGAUGGUGGAGCAUGCAGAGACCUUCCUGUGUCUCUACUCGGCCGACAUGGACGCUGCUCUUGAAGUUCAGCCGCCUGACAGCUGGGACAGUUUCCCCCUCUUCCAGCUGCUCAAUGACUUCCUGAGAAUGGACUAUAACCUGUGCAAUGGGAAGUUCCAUAAACACCUGCAGGACCUGUAUGCCCCGCUGGUGGUGCGAUAUGUGGACCUGAUGGAGUCCUCCAUUGCUCAGUCCAUUUACAGAGGCUUUGAAAGGGAAUCCUGGGAACCUGUCAAUAAUGGCUCAGGGACAUCAGAGGAUCUCUUCUGGAAGCUGGAUGCGCUGCAGACCUUCAUCAGAGAUCUCCACUGGCCAGAGGAGGAGUUUGGCAAACACCUCGAGACCCGGCUGAAGCUUAUGUCCAGUGACAUGAUCGAAUCCUGUGUAAAACGGACACGGGCAGCAUUUGAGGCCAAGCUUCAGAAGAGCAGCCGGGCCACAGACUUCCGUGUGCCACAGUCCAUCUGCACUAUGUUCAACGUCAUGGUGGAUGCCAAAGCCCAGUCAGCCAAGCUGUGUGCCAUGGACCUAGGGCAGGAGUUUGUUAGAGACUGGAGACAAUACCAUUCCCAAAUUGACAAUCUAAUUGAAGAGACGGUGAAGGAGAUGAUAACUCUGCUGGUAGCUAAGUUUGUGGUCAUUCUAGAGAGCGUGUUAGCCAAGCUCUCCAGAUAUGAUGAGGGAACACUCUUCUCUUCCUUCCUAUCUUUCACAGUGAAAGCUGCCUCAAAGUAUGUGGAUGUACCUAAGCCAGGGAUGGACGUUGCUGACGGUUAUGUGACGUUUGUUCGCCAUUCCCAAGACAUGCUGCGGGAGAAGGUCAACGAGGAGGUGUACAUAGAGAGAUUAUUUGAUAUUAAUUCACUACAACAUCAGGAGGAUACGUCCAUUCCUCACCCAAGAGGCGGUGCAAGUUCUGGUCCAGGCUCUUGUCAUCUUGUGCCUAGACUACUGCAACUCGCUCCUGGCUGGUGUACCUGCAUGUGCCAUCUGACCUCUGCAGCUCAUCUAGAAUGCAGCAGCUCGGCUGGUCUUCAACCUACUCAAGUUAUCCCACACACCGCUCCUCCGUACCCUGCACCCUGCACUGUCUACUGGCAGCUCCUCCGAUUCAAGACACUGCAAUGGUACACCAGCACUAUGAACCUUGUAGGAACAUGGCUGACUGACCGUAUGGACCUGCAGCUCCAUGUUUAUCAGCUGAAGAUUCUCAUCAGGAUUGUCAAGAAAAAGUACCGUGACUUCCGCCUUCAAGGAGUGCUGGACUCCACAUUAAACAGUAAGAUGUAUGAAACCGUGAGAAACCGGCUGACUUUGGAAGAAGCCACUGCCUCAGUGAGGGAAGGAGGGAUGCAAGGCAUUUCCAUGAAGGACAGCGAUGAAGAGGACAAUGAUAACUAAAAAAGGGCCUGAAAACUACCCAAAUAUCAAAGCUUUUCAGAGGGUGAGCAGAAUACUGCCUAAGAAUCCAUGCAGCCCUUCCGUGAGGUCAAAACAGAUUAGCCUAAAAUCAAACUUGUUCCCUCCAUUAUUUGCUUUGUCAGUUUUUCAUUCCUGUAAUAGUUCCACAUUUCUGUCUGAAUUGAUUAGAAGAAAAUGCAUUUUGUGUCUACAAACACUUGCAUGACACAAGUCUGUCCUAUCAGUGCUCUUGAUUUUGAAAUUCCCCUUGUAGGCUCAUCAAGCUUUAAUUCCUCAAAACUAAAAUUCAUAAGAGCCAAGUACUUUAGGUUAGUACCUUAAAUCAAUCAAUAGUUGAUUUCUCCUGAAAUGUUAACAAAUGAUUGUCCAGAAUAUACGAAAGAGGCCAACAUGUGACAGGAGUGUGACACAAGCACAAAUAUGACUGCGAAUACACACCAUGCAAAGCGGCCUUAUAAAUAAGAUGAUAAAGAAAGACAGGUGAUUGCAUCUAUACUGAGUUCAUCUUUUGAAGACAUGAAAAAUAUUAUGUUGUACCUUCAUGUUGUGCAAAUGUCUACAGUCUUUGUACGGGAGCUUUCCUGUUGCUUGUUGCUAAGAUUUCUCUUUCACAUUUGGAAAAGUACAUAUAGUAUAGAGUGCUCUUUUUACUUUAGGCAGUUCUGGUGGAAAAUAACUUAUGAAACACUCAAGUGAUCCAGGCCACUAUACUCUGGUUCCAAGUGAAAUAGUGAAAUGGAUACAUAUGUUGUUGUUGUUGUUUUUUUUUUGUUUGCCUGCCAACAAAUGCAUUCACUGUUGAAGUCAUAUUGCAAUUGAUCCAAAAUGCACUAGAAAUUAUGGUUACUAGUUGGUUUAAGGUCAGACUGACCAGUCCAAAAUAAAACUAAAACUAAAACAUUCAUAAGAUAUUUCUAAAAUUACUCCUGAAUGUUCUCAAGCAAUAUGGAUGACCAUUUUGUUCCUAAGUUUAUGAACAAGGUUAUGAGUUUAUUUGUGUUAUGCUAAAAAAAUGUGCAGUGAGAGCAGCUACUGCAUGUUGCAUUGUUGUUAAUGUUGUGUCUCAUAUGACUUUUUUUCGGUAAUGAGUCUGCAUCAUAGCUCAACCAUUAAAACUUAACAAAAUGUUUAAAAUGAUGUGCUGUGAUAUGAUGUGAUAGUAAUGGUUUCUGUCUGUUCUCUGCCAGCUUUUCAAAACAUGCCUGAUGUUUCUCUAACGGUUGCAACAACUAUCACACAGCAAAUGGAAUCCAAGGCAUUGUCAACACCAAAGUUGAUGGGUGCAAAAAAUUUAGUAAGAACAUCAUUCAGCCUUCAAACGUUUACAUCUCAAGGGUGCAUUCUGUCAUUUUGAGAAAACCCAUUGUUUGCCCUCUUACCUGGUGUCAUAUGAGGAGAUUAUCAAUAUUAUCAAUUCCAUCUCGCCGAACCGUUUGGCACAAAUGUUCACUUUAGUACAUGGCUUUUAAUUAACAAUAUGAUAAUACAAUACAGUACAAAAUGAUCAAAGCCCUGACAGCAGCGCAUAGACGCUGCAAUGUUCAUUACAUCUUAUAAAACAAAGACAUAACAAACAACAUAAUGACAAUUUAGCAAUUGUUAGAACCUUACCAGUAGUAGUCUAAACAUUUUGAAUGAGUGUGGUGCUGAUGAAAAGGCCAUGAAGUCAUUAAAAUAAAAAAUGAAUCAUCCUCUGGAGAGCAGGAAUACCCACAGCAAAUAGUUGUUAAAAUAUCCUGCUAUGAUCUGACAUUGUCAUCCCUAGGACUGGCAUUAGGUCAGGCAAAAUGUCAUCUUCAUUUAACAAAACAUUACCGCAAUUAACCUAAAUAUGUCAAUAACAUCACUCUAAUUUGCAAUUGUGACAAGUAAGAAAUCUGUUGAAACUUACACAAGGAGCUAAAUGAAACAUGCACUAAUGUUAUUAAUCUUUAAGCAGAUCGAUUAUUUGCAUAUAUGAAACUGUGCACACAAAAUAAAGUGAAGGCACACAUUCAUCAAAAAGGAAAAAAAUAUAAAAUAUGUAUGGGAAAUGGUUUGUAUUUUGUGCAGUUAAAUGAAAUGAAAGAGAGGAUUUUGAGUCAAAGAGGAUGGGAGGUUAGUCUCUUUUACAAUUUAAAGGCUUCACUAUGAUCACUUAUGGCCUUGAAAACAUUUUACUCUUCUACCACCACAAGUUCUUCCAUUAGAGAGUGAGAGCACUGCAUUUAUCAUUUACAAAGAAAGUGAUACCAUGUUACUAAUUUAAGAAUCUGUGUCAAGCUGCCAACAUAUAAAUCUAUCAGUGACAACACAAGCUGUAUCUUGUUGUUGAAAUAAACAUUAACUGCCUGUGGUCUCUCUUCUUCAAACAUUGGAACUUUGAUUUCCACAUCAACCCUUCUUCAUAACACUUCUGACGCUUUCCUUUCUUUUUUGGUUAAUAGAUAAGUUAGUAAGGCAAUACACAUAAAACCAAACAGGUCUAUACCUGUUUUCAACAUUUUUCACAUUUUCAAUUUUAAAGCACAUGUUCUAUUUUUAGUAAAUCUUUUAAAUAUUAGAGUUUAUUUGCCAUCUAUUAUGUACGUUCUUGUAUGUGCCCUGCACUUCAUUCCAGGAUGUAUGAUAGGGGGAAUCCACAUUUUUAUAAUGGAUGAUGGGAAGUGAAAUCUGCUUGUAUUUUCCCACUGUCAACUGUUUUCUAUAAUGUACUCCUAAAGAUGUGUGUUGCCCUGUUAGUAAGACAUAAGUACUGUGUGAAGAACAUUUAAAAAGUGGAAAGAA